UGUUGUACAUGUAGAAGUACUUCGACAAACAUCCUGGUGCGAAGUUGGGCCUCUGAUUCGCGGCCUACCAUCACGAGAAAAACAGCUCUCAACAUGCGGGACCGAACGCCACCUGCGUCUGCAGGAAAUCGUCACAAACGCACGACUUCAUCUAUGUCAUCGACCAGUUCUACGUUAAGUUCUCGGCUAUUAGAAUCUUCACUUAACGACCCUACUCGACCCCUGUGCCCCGAGUCCGCCGAGAUGGCAUACUCGACGAUAGUGGCUACGGCCCCUCUUCCCAGGAAAGCUUCUGCCCGCCUGUUGGGCGUCAGCAUGUUCUUUGGGUUGGCUUCAUUAGCAUGGGGAUAUAAUAUCGGUAUUAUGGCUACAAUUUACGUUCAUCCUGGUUUCAUCGCGUCGCUUCAUAAACCGUCAAAAGCAAUAACAGGACUGAUCACCUCCAUUUACUAUGUUGGAACUUGGCUCAGCUAUCUUUUUGUUUCGCAUCCUCUAGCAGAUCGGUAUGGACGGAGAGUCGCUGCUGCCACAGGUGUGUUCACGACUGCCGUUGGAGCGGCUGUUCAGUGUGCCGCCCAAGGUAAAAAUGGAGUCGCGCAGAUGGUGGUAGGGCGGAUCAUCUGUGGAUUUGGUUUGGCUAUCGUUUCGACGUCGGUCCCGUUAUAUCAAAGUGAAAUCUCCCCUGCAAAGCAUCGUGGUCGUUACGUCGUCAUAAAUCAUGUCGGUUUAGUCGCCGGUUUGGCGGUCGCGUUCUGGGUUGGCUACGGAGUUAGUCACUGGGAAACUGAUCGCGGCAAUUACUAUGGUUGGCGCAUGUCGAUGGCUCUGCAAUUUGUUCCCGAGGCCAUAUUUCUCCUGGGAGUUUUCCUCUGCCCAGAAACUCCCCGGUGGCUCGUGGAGCAUAACCAACACAACGCAGCACAGAAAAGCCUUGCAUGGCUGAGAAGCUCGAGUCCUAACGAUGAGCUCGUCCUAACAGAGCUCAAAGAGAUUGAGGAAGAUGUCGCGCAACGUCGGACUACGACUCAACAAGAUUGGACGGUACUAUUCACCAAUCGUCCACUUUUCAAUCGUCUAUGGCGUGCUUCGUUGUUACAAUUCAUGGCACAGAUGUGCGGAAAUACGUCCAUGAAAUACUACUUACCAUCCAUAUUCAUGAGCCUUGGAAUCGAGCGCAAGUUGACACUGAUGAUUGGAGGCAUCGAAAGUACUUUGAAGAUAGGAUGCACUGUCAUCGAUACUUGGCUGGUGGAUAGAUACGGUAGACGCGUCACACUCGUCGCCUCAUGUUUUAUUAUGAGCCUCGCAUUGCUGCUGAAUGGAUCAUUGCCAAUUGCAUAUCCAAACAACACUAACCAUGUGGCUGACUACGUUUGCAUCAUCUUCAUCUUCAUCUAUACUUUCGGCUACUCCGUCGGCUUCGGUCCUGCCGCAUGGUUAUACGGGGCCGAGAUCUUUCCGACCAACUUCCGCGCUCGCGGCCUCAACAUAGCAGCCUCGGCUUCAUCAAUUGGUUCCGUCAUCUCGUCGCAAACCUGGCCCAUUGGCAUGAACAAUAUCGGCUCCAAAACACACUUCAUCUUUAUGAGCACGAACUUCGUGUCUGCUUUUGUGAUUUGGUUUUUGUACCCUGAAACCACUAGCCGUACCCUUGAAGAUAUGGAAGCUCUUUUCAACAAGGACUAUCACCCUCGCGAGUCUAGCUACAAUCAUCGAGGCCGUUAUUCCGAUCGUAGCGAAUCAGAGGCCGGCGGGAACGGAGCUCGUGCGAGCUCCCCAGGAGCGCUGGCGAAAACCCUACCUAACCGCAGUUAA